AUGAUCACUUGGCUGCAUAUAACACUAAUAGCUGCUCUUGCCGGAAUUCUCAUCCUUCUAUUUCUUCUGAUCUUCCAAGAAUGCCUUCACCCGAAACCCCGUAAACCUAUCGUACCGGAUUUCACGGCGAGCACUUCGAACGUUUUCCGGUGGGCCGACCAUCCAUCUCUAGUCGCGGACGCCGUCGAAAACGGAUGGUCACGAUUUGCCCUCACAACAACCCUAUUCGGGGUUUGCGAGACUGGUUGGGAAGUUUGUGAAGGAUCAUCAGAUUAUAUGCAGAAAGUUAGACUCAAUCCAGGAUUAAAGAAGAUCAUCACCCGCGUUAGUAAUUCGUCUUUAUCCGUGAUUCGGGCUGCUCUGCCUUUGCCAGGCCCGCGUUUGGACAACUCAUCUUUCCCGCAAGAAGCGUAUUUCGAACUCACGAUCUUGCAAGAAAAGCAAAAUGAAGCUGUUUUGCUGAUUUCAGUUGGAUUGACAAGAGAAGGCCAAAUCCCAAUGAAAAUUCCGGGCUGUUUUCCGGGUUCAAUCGGCUUCAAUUCUACCGGUUCCGUAUAUCGUAACGGUGAUGCAUAA